UUCCUUCAAUACGCAUCUCUUUUUCUUGCGCCCUGGCGAUCGAACACCUCGGGCGUGCCAUUUCAUAUCUAUCCAGACUGCUAGUCACGGCAUCAUGGAUGAGCCGGCUCCUGGAGAAGUGUCACACCUGAUGGUGCAUACCUACAGGCUCAUCAUCGCCUUUCUUAUCCUCUCAUGGAUCUUCAUAUCCUUACGGGUCUACACUCGCACUGUGAUCAUUUCUAACUUCGGCUGGGACGAUACUGCCAUGGUAUCGGUAGGAGCGAUAUUCACUGUAUACUGUGGAACAAUCAUUUACAUCUUCCACCAUGGUGGCGGUACCGUUAUAGCCGACUUUGAUCAAUUGAACCGCCUGAUGAAGAUUGCCACUGUUUCUGAAUCCUCCUACGUCUUGACCAUGAUGCUCAUCAAGAUAUCCCUUGCCAUCUUCUUCGCCCGCAUCGUAGUCAAGCGAUGGCAUUUGACGGUCAUAUGUGUUUUUGUCACUCUCAGCAUCAUAUCGUCAAUCUGUACCUAUCUCUACAUCUUCCUUCGGUGUGGCCCCGACCUGGAUCAGUAUCUCAUCCGGGAACUGAUUCGAGACUGUACGCCUAUUCAACUCGACAUAUUCAUGGCCUACCAGCAAGCUGUAUUCAAUUCCGUCACGGAUAUCGCCUUCCUUUUCAUGCCAGCCCUGGUGCUUUGGAAUUCUCCAAUGGAGCGACGAGCCAAAAUUUCAGUCGGCAUCAUCUUGGUAGUGGCCACACUCGGCGCGGUAUGCUCACUCAUACGAUUCAAAUACAUCAAGGGCGUACUAAAAAAUGGCGACUACUUCUACCAAGCCGUCCACAUCUGUAUGUGGAGUACCAUCGAAGUGGGAACAUGCAUCAUUGCCGGAUGCACAGCCACACUAAGACCGCUGAUGAAGGUUGCUUUGGUUCAAGUACAAGUAACGCUUCCGCUUUCGCGACUUGGUUCUGGAGCACCGCCUACAUCCAGCACUCUGAAGAGCAGUCAGCAAUCAAAUCAUCGCUCAUCUCGUAUGAUACGCAUCUCGGACAACGACCUAGAAUACGGGAACGCCGACCCCACAGGAUCAACCUUGCUGCUCCCCAAAACACCCGAGUUUGUCGAGCUGAUAGUACGCCCGGACCCUGUCAUCCUUGCGCCUGCUGCGGACAAUACACAACCCAGGACAGGUUCCAUGUUCGGAUGACUCAAAUCGAGACUUAGGGACUCGUUACUAUCGCGCGACCGGCUUGAAUAAAGUUUUGCUAGGCCAACAGACUGGACGGAUACAGGCGCAUCCACCCAUAUUCCGCGGAGCCGGAUGAGGAUUGGGGUGAAGCUAAGCUCGACCAUAAUGCCGCAUUAGGCAACGUCCAGACAACUAGCUUUGGCGAUCAGUACGCCC